ACAUCUGCACACGGCUGUCAUUGAUUCAGUGCUGUCAGACCACUGAGGUACACUGUCUGUCUCUCACCACAUCUGCAUCCGACUUCUCUCAGUCAUGGGGCUUCACCACAAAGAGUUUGAGCAGGCUGGCAAGCGCCCAGGUCUACAGAUAUGGAGAAUUGAAAAGCUGGAACUGGCCCCCGUGCCUGAAAACUUACAUGGGAGCUUCUAUAUAGGUGAUGCCUACCUGGUGCUCCACACGGUCAAACAGAAGGACUCGUGCUUCUACGAUCUGCAUUACUGGCUGGGUAAGGAAUGUACCCAGGAUGAAAGUACAGCGGCAGUCAUCUUUACCACUCAGAUGGACGACUACCUGGGAGGAAAACCGGUCCAGUACCGUGAACUCCAAGGUUUCGAGUCCACCAACUUCACCAGCUACUUCAAAGGCGGGAUCACAUAUAAGGCCGGAGGUGUGGCAUCAGGGUUUCAUCACGUGGUCACCAAUGAUCUUAGUGCCCGCCGACUCUUCCACAUCAAGGGCAGGCGCACUGUCCGGGCCACAGAAGUGCCUCUCGCCUGGGCCAGUUUCAACAAUGGUGACUGCUUCAUAGUUGAUCUGGGAGCGACGAUCUACCAGUGGUGUGGGUCUAAGUGCAACAAGUUUGAGCGCCUCAAAGCUGCACAGGUAGCUACUGGCAUCCGAGACAACGAGAGGAACGGACGAGCCCAGCUGGAGGUUAUAGAGGAAGGACAUGAGCCUUCAGCAAUGACUGAGGUUCUCGGUGAGAAGCCUGAAAUCCCUGAAGGUGACGAUAAUGAGGAUGUGGUUGCAGACAUGUCAAACAGGAAAAUGGCCAAACUUUACAUGGUAUCAGAUGCAACUGGGAAAAUGCAAGUGUCGCUUGUGUCAGAUGAAAAUCCGUUUAACCAGAGUGACCUGUUGUCUGAGGAAUGCUUCAUUCUGGACCAUGGAAAAAGCAAAAUGAUCUUUGUGUGGAAAGGCCGCAACGCAAAUCCAGACGAAAGGAAGGAGGCCAUGAAAACAGCUGAGGGCUUCAUUAAGCAGAUGGGAUAUCCUGCCAACACCCAGAUCCAGGUCCUUCCAGAGGGUGGAGAGACGCCCAUCUUUAAGCAGUUUUUCAAAACCUGGAAAGAGAAGGACCAGGCUGAGGGUCUUGGCCGAGUGUAUGUCACUGAGCGGAUCGCCAAGAUUAAGCAAGAAGAGUUUAAUGCCUCCAAGCUGCACGAGUCUAAUCACAUGGCUGCUCAGUACAACAUGGUUGACAAUGGCACUGGAAAAACACAGAUUUGGAGGGUGGAGUGUGGUAGUACCACAGGUGAUACCAAGGUUCCUGUUGACCCAGAGACAUAUGGCCAGUUCUAUGGAGGGGACUGCUAUAUCAUUUUAUAUACCUACACCAGAGGAGAAAUCAUUUACACCUGGCAAGGAUCCAGCAGCACAAUAGAUGAACUGACAGCUUCAGCCUUUCUCACCGUUGAACUGGACCGUUCGCUGGGAGGAAAAGCUGUUCAGGUGCGAGUGACUCAAGGAAAGGAACCACCUCAUUUGCUGAGCCUCUUCAAAGAAAAGCCUCUGAUCGUGUACAAGAACGGGACUUCUAGAAAGGGAGGACAGGCACCCGUACCUCCAACACGUCUCUUUCAAGUGCGCAAGAACCUGGGCACCAUUACACGGAUUUGUGAGGUAGAUGCUAAAGCAUUAAAUUUGAACAGCAAUGAUGCCUACCUUCUGAAGUUACCCGAGGGGGAUGGGUACUUGUGGAAGGGGAAGGGGGCCAGUGAGGAAGAGGAACGAGGGGCAAAGUACAUGAGUGAGAAACUUAAGUGCAAUGCCAAACCAGUUACUGAAGGAAACGAGCCAGAGGACUUCUGGGAAGCUCUGGGUGGAAAGAUGGAGUAUCAGACGUCUGAGAUGUUGGAGAGCAAAUCUAUACCACAUCCUCCCCGCCUGUUCGCCUGCUCCAACAAAAGUGGAAAGUUCAUUAUUGAAGAAGUACCUGGUGAGUUUAACCAAGAUGACCUGGCAGAGGAUGACGUCAUGUUACUGGAUGUCUGGGAACAGGUGUUUGUGUGGAUUGGAAAGGAUGCCAAUGAGGUGGAGAGGACUGAGUCUGUAAAAUCUGCAAAGACCUACAUUGAGACGGACCCAUCAGGUCGGGACAAGGAGACAUCUGUUGUGGUGGUAAAGCAGGGACACGAGCCCCCUACUUUCACCGGCUGGUUCCUGGGGUGGGAUGCCUCUCGAUGGGACAGUGACCUCAUGGCAAGAGCAGUGCAAUCACUGCAGGUUUAGUGAAAUCCUGAAAGUCCUAAAGUCAAUAGACUUGACUGGAAUGAUAAAACAGAAAGCUGUUACUGAGGCAUGACAAGCGGAAUUGGACUAUUCCAUUAAUAUACUAAAAAUAUACCAUAUGUCCAACAUGUAAAGAUACUCAACAUACAUCAGAUCUAAAAGUUGUGUAUUUCUCUUUAAUUUGUUUCGACAGAUUUAUAUAUCUGCUCUGGAUUUCAAUAAGCAUGAUUUCAAAACAUACAAUAAAAUAAUUAAUACAUAAAAAUAAA